AUGGCUCCACACUCUAACCGAACAGACUCUUUCGUAGCCGAAAACUCGAAUGAGAAACUCAAGUUCAACAAAUCGACACCACCACGCAAUGUCAAAUGGAUCGAAGAUGUCUCUUGGGAUUCGAGCCUGCAGCCCAAAGACUACGAGCUGCAGGGCACCCACCCAGACUCGAAGAUCUUGUUUCUCAAUGUCAACAUUCUUGACUCCACAGGCCGAGAACCCUACCUUGGGGAUGUGUUGAUCGAAGGUCUGAAUCCAGUCUUGUUAAAGGAGUACAAACACAAUGACUUACACUAUAACANNGGCCAGACCAUCACAUACGUAGGGACUGUAACCAAUGUCGACGAACUCAGCAAAGACCCCAAAGUCCGAGUCUUCCACGGUCGAGGACGUACCUUGAUGUCGGGCUUGGGCGAUGCUCAUACACAUUUCACCUGGAACGGAGGAGAUCUCGACCGUCUGGGUNGCUUUGGUGCAGCUUCGGCAAAGGAUCGACUUGAUGUGGUCAUCAGAGACGCCAUCAACGCCGGCGAUAUCCCAGGACCUAGAUAUCUCGCAAACGGCAAAGAGAUGGCUCGACGAGAUGGCGAGUUGGUUGCAGGCAUCACUGCCUUCGCGGAUGGGCCUGAGGAGAUGCGUGAGGUCAUUCGCCAUCACGUGGACAUUGGUGUUGACAACAUCAAGCUCAGCAUGUCCGGCGAGGAAACGAAGAGACUGCGGCUUGUGUCGACGAGGCUCAUAAGCAUGGAAAGCGGCUUUGUGCUCACGCUCGAGCUCGGGACUCUGUCAAGAUGUGUGNUUCGUCACGGUGUCGAAGCCAUCUAUCACGCCUCUUAUAUCGACGAUGAAGGCAUGGACAUGCUCGAGGCCGCAAAGACCAAGCACAUCGUAGCCCCAGCAAUCAAUUGGUUGAUUGCGACUCUCAACGAGGCCGAAGCUUUCGGCUACACCCAUGCUCAGGCUGAAAAGGUGGGCUACAAACGCGAGUUAGAUGCGGCCAUCAAGGGUCUCAGAGAGAUGCACCGUCGAGGUAUAGUAGUCCUUCCAGGUGGCGACUAUGGUUUCGCAUGGACGCCGCAUGGAACAUAUGCCCGAGAUCUCGAGCACUUUGUGAAGCUUCUAGACUUCACACCACACGAAGUCAUCAUCGCCGCUACAGCUGGUGUCGCCAAGUUGAUGAUGCGUAGUGACAAUCUUGGAAAGAUACAGCCAGGAUACUUUGGAGACUGCAUUCUGGUAGAUGGAAAUCCUUUGGACGAUAUUACCAUUCUGCAAGACCACUCCAAGCUCAACAUUAUUUGUAUCAACGGCAGGGUUCACAAGGCUGGACGAAAAGAGUACAUCCCUCCUCCCGUUGCAGGACAAGACAACAACAGUCAUGUCAUUGUGCCAGACAUGGAGUAUCCAGAUGUGGAGAGGGCAAUGCAGAGACAGUAU